AUGGCGGACGCGGAUCCUGAUGCACCGGCAUUGGCUGCCGCGGAGGCAGAAGCAGAAGCAGCCCUGGAGGCUCCUGAGACCAAAGAAGAUGCUGAGACAAAAGCAGAGGAGGAGGAGGAGGAGGAAGAGCUGCCGGCUUUCAAAAAACCAGAAACGAAAGCCUUGAAGCUGCCCAUGAAGCGCCCCGCUGCGAAAGCACUAGGCCCAAAGCCAAAGGCUCGGAAAGUUAAAGCCGAUAAGGAAGAGGCAGAACCUGAGGUCAAGAAGGAAGGAGAUGAACCUGAGGUCAAGAAGGAAGGAGAGGAACCUAAGGUGCCUGAUGCUUCUGAGCCAGAUGAGAAAACCACUGGGGCGAAGGCGAAGGGCAAGGCAAAGGUAAAGGGAUCUCCAAAGCCCAAGACAGGGCCAAAGGAAUCUUCGAAGGGAAAGGACAAGAAUAAGGACAAGGACAAGGAGAAAACAACAAAGGGCAAAGCAAAGGACCGCGAUGAGCAGAAGGCAAAAGCCCUGCAGCUGUCCUCAGGAGAUGAAGAGGACGAUGACGAAGAGGAGACUCAAGAGAACGAGGAAGAGCUCAAGGGUGAAAGCGGCGUGGUAAAGGUCACGCGUGAUCCGAACAAGAGCUGGUUCUUCAACAAGAACUUGUCCCGCAUGCCAAUGCAUAUUCAGGAUAUGUUCAAGAGCAAAGAGUUGAGCCGCGAGGAAAAGACCAAGCUGGUGAAUGCCAGCGUAACGAAGAAAGAUGGAAAGUGGGAGAUCAUCGAAGAGAAUCCGGUGGCUAAGUCGCUCAUGAGGCUCCACACUUCUGUUGUGGGCAAUGAGCGCGCAAAGGGAGUGCCCCGCUCCCUCAUGUUGGCGCGCCUGGGUUCGGAGGCAGCCUUGGAGAAGGCCAUUCAGUGUGGUGAUGUCCGGGUGCGCACUGAGAAGGGCAAGCAGUUCUACUUCUGGGAAGAGCUGGAAAUCAAUCGCCAAACAGGAGUAGAUGAGGAAGCGAAAGCUGAGAGCAAACAGGGGAUCACUGUUGACCAGUUCACAACUUUCGGGAGCUUUGCGGCCAACUUCCAGCCCCAGUUCCAACUUGGAGAUGUCAGUGGCAAUGGUAGUAGCAGCAGUGGCCUUGGCUUGCCAUCCUUUGCCACGGACAUGCUCGCGCAGGCUUUGACCUUGGCAAUCUGCGAUGUUGGGCAGACCGCAUCGGCGGCCCCUGUUGCUCCUUCUCAGCAAAAGCUGAAUGAGAGUGUGAUGGGCAAGGUGGAUGAAGCGCUCCAAUGGCUUGGCAAGGUGAAAGAAACCGGCCGCAAGGCCAUUACCUCUUGCACUUCCACUUCAGCCGGUACAAUGGUUCUGAAGAACGCCAUGCGCGCCAAGUUUGAAGACAUCCUGAAAUUGCAGGUGCAGUUGGAAGAGAUUCUUCCAGACUCUUCCGCCUUUGCUUAUGUUGAGCUCAACCUUCAGCUCGACUCGCGCCCACUCGUUUUUUCACACUUUUCCACCAUGAGCAGCGAUGGAUCUGACAUGGAGAUUUCUGAGUCUGAGGAGCAGCAACCAAUGGGCGGCCGUGCUUUCAGCUUCAUCAAUGGCCAGCUCGUCGAUGCUGGACCUGCUCCUGGGCACUUCGUGAGCCCAGAAGCUUUGAUGUUUGGGCAGGCCAUUGCCCAGUUGCUGGCAAGGAAGGAGGCAGAGCGAGCUGCCAAAGGAGAAGGAAAAGGAAAAGGAAAAGUGCAAGGGCCUGGGGAGCAGCAACCUGCGCUUGAGGACACUGCAGAAGCUGCAGGAUCUGAUGAAAUGCCAGAUUCCAAUGCUGCUGGAUCUUCAGGCGGCCCUGCUAGCGCUGCUACAGCUGAAGCCAAAAGCCGCCCAAAGCAGCGUGCCAAGAAGCAAAGGAAGCCGAAGAAGUAA